UUUUUUAAAAAUGCAAAGUGUACAGCAGCUCAUGAAAGUGUUCGUCACGAGACGUAUUCCGCCGGAGGGCAUGAAAAUUCUCAGGCAAUCCGGGAUAUGUUCUCUGUCAGUGUGGGAUUCUGAUGAGCCCGUCCCUCAUGCUGAGCUCCUGAAAGGUGUCGCCGGUGUUCAUGGGAUCCUGUGCUUGCUGACGGACCGAAUCAACGCUGAGGUGCUGGACGCCGCUGGGCCCAGUCUCAAGGUGAUCAGUACUCUGUCUGUGGGCUUUGAUCACCUGGCCAUCGACGAGAUUAAGAAAAGGGGCAUAAGGGUAGGAUACACGCCUGAUGUGCUGACUGAUGCCACAGCUGAGCUGACCGUCGCUCUGCUCCUGGCUACAGCGAGACGCCUACCAGAGGGCAUUCAGGAGGUUAAAAGUGGAGGAUGGAGCUCGUGGAAGCCUCUGUGGCUGUGUGGUUAUGGGUUGUCGGGUAGUACAGUUGGUGUUGUUGGACUGGGACGUAUAGGCAUGGCCAUCGCACAGCGACUCAAGCCCUUUGGCGUGAAGCGACUGCUGUAUUCUGGCAGGCAUCCCAAACCUCAGGCCAGCGAGGUAGAUGGAGAACAUGUCCCGUUGGAGGUGCUGGUAAGCAAAAGUGACUUUGUUGUUGUGUCAUGUGCACUGACUCCAGAAACUCAGGGUCUGUGUGACAAAGCCUUUUUCAGCAAGAUGAAGAAGACUGCAGUCUUUGUCAACACCAGCAGAGGAGCUGUGGUGAAUCAGGAGGACCUGUUUGAAGCCUUGUCCACGGGUCAGAUCGCUGCGGCUGGACUUGAUGUCACAACCCCAGAGCCCCUGCCUGUGGACCACCCCUUACUGACACUCAAAAACUGCGUGGUUCUCCCUCACAUUGGCAGUGCAACCUACUCCACCCGUGGUACUAUGGCUGAGCUGACUGCCACCAAUCUGCUGGCAGGCCUGAUGGGCACUGCCAUGCCUAGUGAACUAACUCUGUAGUGCCCCCUCCUGGAAAUGAACCUAAACUUCACCAGCCUCCAUUGGAAAUGGAAGCUACCUCAGAGCUAAGUCAGAGCAGUAGGGUGAGGGUGGCUGCUGCUUUAGGCAGACAAAUCAGUCCUGAUUUAUUAACAAUGAAUUAAUUAACCGUAACUUGCACUUCUACUGGAUAAU